GUUGUGCGCCGUCCGCGAUGAAGUUUGCGUGUGCACCGGUCGGCGGGGCCGCCGCGGAACUGGGGCCCGGCGCCAGCUGUUGACGUGACCGCGUGCCAUGAGCGGCCGCCUCAAGCGCGGGCUGCAGGCGCUCACCGUGGUCGCCGUAGCCGCCUACACGACGCUGCUCCUGUACCAGGGCGCCGCGCAGCUGCCGCCCUCGCGCCCCAGCCAGCAGGUGUUCCGCGGCUGGCAGGAGCGCGCGCCGCGCUCGGUGGGCCGCGACUACGACAGCCUGAGCCUCAGCCUGCCCGAGUCGGCGCCGCCGCCCCCUACGCCGCCCACGCACCGCGGGCCUCCCCCGCGGCCGCCGCCCGCCGCCACCACGGCGCUGCAGGACGUCUUCAUCAGCGUCAAGACCACCGGCAGCUACCACCGCGCCAGGCUGCCCCUCAUCCUCAAGACCUGGUUCCAGCUCGCCAAGAAGCAGACGUGGUUCUUCACGGACACGGACGAUCCAGAGUUUCAGCUGAAGACUAAUGGUCACAUGAUCAACACGAACUGUUCCUCUUCGCAUAACAGGAAGGCGCUGUGCUGCAAGAUGUCCGUCGAGUUUGAUGUCUUCCUGGAGAGCAACAAGAAGUGGUUCUGUCACGUAGACGAUGACAACUACGUGAAUGUACCACGGCUGGUGCGCGUCCUGUCGGGGUACAACCCGCAGCAAGACUGGUACCUCGGCAAGCCCAGCAUUCGCGCGCCACUUGAGAUCCUCAACAGGGACAACACCGCUCAAAAGAUCUCGUUCUGGUUCGCGACUGGAGGAGCGGGGUUUUGCCUGAGUCGAGCGCUGGCGCUCAAGAUGAUGCCCGUCGCGAGUGGUGGCAAAUUCAUUAGUAUUGGUGAGAAGAUUAGAUUGCCAGAUGAUGUAACUAUGGGUUACAUAAUUGAGCAUAUGCUUCAAAAACCUUUGACUGUAAUAGAGCAAUUUCAUUCUCAUCUUGAGCCAAUGAAAUUCUUGAGACCUGACACAAUACAGGAUCAGAUCACAUUUAGCUACUCACAUUAUAGCAAAGAUGAAAUGAAUGUUGUGAAAAUUGAUGGGUUUGACAAAAGGAUAGACCCAACCAGGUUCCUAUCAAUACACUGCUUUUUAUUUCCAUACUUCAGUUUCUGCCCAAGGUAGCAGAAGAAUGGGCAAAAAAUCCGUGAUAUGACAUUUAUGGAAAGACUGUGUUCAAUGAACAGCUUCUUUAUAGGUCAACAUUAUUAAACCUUAUCAAGUGCAAUGUAUUUUCAAAGCAAAUUCGUCAGCAUUACAUAUUAUUUUGCAUUCUGAGAGAGAAUUAGUCAUAUUUUAUCUGUUCACACUACUUAGUUGUUAUUAAAAAAAAGGAUGAUUUAUUAAGGCAGUGUUAUUAAUAAUAGAUCUGAUAUUUUUGAGAGGCUAUGUACAAUUUUGCAAGUGCUGGUGCUGAGUCCAUUACUCUGAACUGCGACACAAUGGCUGGUUUAACUGUUGGAAGUCUUUCUUGAGGCUUGAGGUGCUGUGAUGGAAAUUGUAUAAAAUUCUAUAAAUAUAUAAAUUUAUGUGACGUUGUAUUAGAUGUAUAUAGAUAUAUUUAUUGAAGUCGGUGUUCAUAUAUGGUAAAAGUUGUAUUUUGAUGCAACAUUCUUUGUCAUUCAAAGUAAUAGCAUGUUUUAAAAUUUGUAGCAAUUGCUAAAUGUGCAUCAUUAUUCAUUAAGUGAAUGAUCUCAGUGGCAGAGUAUUCUGUUGGAGUCUGCUGAUAUGUUUUAUUUUAUGGUAGUUGUGACCUCCAAAAUUAAAUUUUAGUAUGUCUUCAAGUUGCCUAUGAAUUCAAAUUUAGGACAUACUGCAUUAUGUAUCCUGAUUAUCUCUAAUACAGUUACAGGUUCUUGAAAACAUGUGAUAAGGGCCCACAUUAGCACAGGUUGUUAUGUAUUUUAAUAGUGUACCAUUUAGGCAUGCUCAGUAUAAUCUGUAUUCGAAAAAUGUAUUACAUUUCAUAAGAGAAUAGUGGAAGAGUGUAAUUUGUGUCAUUUUAUAAAAUUUCUUUUCACUCUGUAUGCUCCAGUCAGCAUCUUCUUUUACAUUGUGAAAAGUAUCAAUGCUGCUGCUGUGUCAGAAGAAAUGUGAAUUGUUGAUUUGAAAAAGAUUUACUGGUUAUAGAAAUGCAAUGUUUGAAUAUACUGAGAAUCUGCUAUUAAAGUCAUAAAAUUAGAGCAUACUGAUGGUUAAAAUAGACAAAACAAAUUUUUGGUUAAAAUGGGAAAUAGUCAAGUACAUUUUAUGUAAUAUCUUAGAACACAUUUAUUGAUAAGUCCAGCAGAAAUUUGGGCUUCAAUUUAGCUUGUCAUUGCAGACUACUAAUUUUUUAAAAAUGUGUGAACCUAAUUUUUGAACAUUGAACUUAACAGUUAAAAUACUGAAAAAGUAAACUCUGUCUUGUAUGCAUGAUUUUUAUCUUCAGUAUUUGUACACACCUUUACAUUAAAAAUGAGUGGUUCAUGCUUUUCAUUUCUCCCCUUGCAUAUAAAUAUUGUUGUAAAUUGAAAUUUGAUUGUUUUAUUUUUCUAAUAACAAAUGCUGAAAUUAUGUGAGAAACAAAUGAAAUCUUUUGAUGGAAUUGUCAUGAGCUGUACAUAAAAUAUUGUGUAAUAUUUUGUAAAUAAUGGUUUGUACAUUCAUUUUUAUUUUGGUGAUCCAAUAGUGGUAAUUCACCAUAAGGUUUCAUGUGAACCAUGGAAAUACUGAAAAUUAUUAAACAAAUUUUCUUUGUUUGCAAUAGAAGUCUAUUCUGAUAUGCAUACAGAUGUUUCAUUCACUCUAGUAUUAUUUUUGUAAAAAUAUGUUGCUCAUAAAGAUCUAUAUAUGGAAGUUACAAAUAAAAAUGUUUUGUUACCUUU